GCCCUGCAGGAGCCUUUCCCUUUCGGCGGCGCGCGGACUUUCCUCCUCUUGGCCGCAGCCCCGGAUUUAAAGGGGCCGCGUCGCCGAAAAUGUCCCGCCGGGCGAAGGAGGAGUUUCAUCGCUCCUACGCGGUCAGCGACCCCCGCAGCCACCCCAAGGGCUACACCGAGUACAAAGUCACCGCCAAAUUUGUUUCAAAGACCAAGCCGGAUGAUACCAAGGAGAUCGUGGUCUGGAAAAGAUACAGCGACUUUAAGAAGCUGCAUACAGACCUGGCGUACACCCAUCGCAACCUCUUCCGCCGCAUGGAGGACUUCCCCGCUUUCCCGCGGGCUCAGGUCUUCGGCCGAUUUGACCCCGAGGUCAUUGAAGAACGGAGGAAAGCGGCGGAAGACAUGCUGCGCUUCACCAUACACAUCCCGGCCUUAAAUAACAGCCCCCAGCUGAAGGAAUUCUUCCGGGGCGGAGAGGGGCAGAGCAGUGCCAGGCAAUGCGAGGCGCCUUCGCUGCCCCUCCCUCUCAUCCCGGUGCCCGCGGCCGGAGUCGAGCAGGGCGAGGAGGCACUGGGUCUGGUUCAGGAUGAUGGGCUGCUGGACCCCAAGCCGGGGGCAGCCAGCAAAGAUGGCGCCUCUGAGCCCCCAAUGGAGAACCAAGUGGAGGCCUCUGACACUCUGGAUCAAGACCUAGAUGCCCUCUUUGCCUUCCGGGAGGAAGAAGAGGAAGAAGCCAGGAACGACUCGCCUUCCCACUGCCUCUUAUCGGUCCAAGAAUUAGCCCUCUUCGACCCCUUCUCCAAAGAAGUUGAGCAUCUUCCCAUCCGUUCUCGUCCAGCUUCUACUGCCACCGGUCUCUCCCACGGAGAAGGCCUGGCUUCCCUGGAGGCCUCGGAGACCACCAAACCAGAAGUCCUUCUCAGCGCAGACACGAUGCAGGAGCCCGAGGCAGAAGGCAGCAAGUAUCUGCCCCAAGCGACGGAGAGGAUCCGGCAAGCUGUGCUGUGUGAAGCCUCCAAGGACUAUCCGGGUGCCUUUCAUGGCUACCGUAGCGGGGUUGACUUGCUCCUUCAGGGUCUGCAAGGCGAUCCCAAUCCAUCCCGCAGGGAAGCGGUGAAGAAGAAGACGGCCGAAUACCUUCAGAGAGCCGAAGAGAUCUUCCAGCAACAUUUGAAGCACCUGGAACUGUGACUUCCGAUUCCGCCAGGAGUCGCCUUGUAUUUAUUUCCCACUGCCCACAGACCCGGGUUACAGCCUCUGACCACUUUCCUGAGGCCAUUUUUUGUCAUGGGUUCGGAAUUCACACCUAAAACAAGUUUGUACAUCCCCCCCCCCCCCCAGCUGAAUUAUUGGCUUUUGUGGUGCAUUUGGGCCCUUUUCAAUCCUCCACCCUCGAUCCCGGGCUCGGAACGUUAAGCCCGGGCGAAAAAUAGCUUUGGGAAUUUCUCUUCCCUUUUGGGGGGGGGGAGCGGGGGGAUGUCGAGGUUGACCGAAAGGGCUUCGGUUUACGCAAGUGUUUUGUCUGAAUGUGGAAAUUCCCGUUUCACUUGAUUCCACUUCAGAGGUUUUCCCCAACUCUCUGCGCGUUAAACACUUGGAAGCAAACAGUUUGUGUGAAUGCAAAGCCUAAAGAAGGAAUUCUUUCGUUUUUUAAAUUUCUGCCACUCCUCUUUAAGAAGUGCCUUCCUUUCUUGAGCCGAUGGUCCAGUAGUUGCUGAAGACUUUCAAAGCGACACAAUCCCAGAGAGAGAAGAAUAUUUGAGAUCACCGGGCAAAAAUAUCUUUUUUUUUUCCUUUUCCAAAAAUGAAAGGCAAGAGAAUAAAGAGGUCUGAAAUGUU